GCGCGCGCGCAGCUUUCGCGACGUCGAGACGCGAUAUCGCGGACGCCUGGCGAGCAGUCACUUUUGGCCGCGACGCCGCUGCGUCGACAUCGUCAUUCAGCAGCAGCAGCAACGUGUGUGUGCCACGGGCCUCGUCCAGUGCACGUUUCUCUUUUCCGUUCUUCUUCCGAUACACCAGCAGCGCGACGUCCUCGGGACAGAAAAGAGGACACGAUCGCGAGCAGUGCCGUCGAUAAUUCGAGUCCUGAAAAAUAUCGCGAUUCGUUCGAGUGAGCCGCCGAGUGUCUCGGAUCGAUCGAUCUUUGAGCUUUGACGAGCUCGCCACUCUGUGAUUAUAGCCGUGCGCGUUGCUGCACACAUGCAAAGGCCGAGCUGGCCAGUGAAUGUUGAGUGCGUCGAUUGAGCUUCGUGAUAUUUCGAGUGCGCGACGCAAUUCGCCAAAGCUGUGCCGAAAAUGAGGUACAGGAACGAGGAGAUCAUCGAGCGGGUCGUGACGGCCGACGAGAUAAUCAACGAGGCGGAAAACGGCAAGUUACGGAGCGCGACGAAGGACAACGCCGAGACGAAUUACGAGCAGCAGCAGCAGCAACAACAAGAGCCCGUGAGCAGCGACAUAAUCAACCCCUUCGUGCAUCGGCUCGAGCUCGAGACGACUUACGAGAAAAUCAAGACGUUGGUGUUGACGGUGACGCUACUUCCGAUUCGUCUGGCGCUCAUAACAGCCCUCGUGAUAAUAGCCUGGCUGCUGGCCUGCGUCGGUCUACACGGCCUCUCCGAGGAGGACCUGCGACGAGCACCUCUCAAGGGAUGGAGGCGCGAGUUGCGCACGCUGGUCUGCUCGGUAAUGCGGGUGUUCUUCAUCUGCGGGGGAUUCUGCCACGUGCGGGUCAAGGGCCGCCAGGCGACUAACAAAGAGGCCCCGAUCCUCGCCCUGGCACCCCACUCGACCUUCUUCGAUUCUCUGCCCGUCAUCGUGCUCGGUGGGCCGAGCAUCGUCGCCAAAGCCGAAGUCUCUCGGCUUCCUUUCUUUGGCAAAUUGAUCAAUUACACGCAGCCCGUGUACGUGUGGCGGGAUGAUCCCAAUUCUCGACAAAACACCGUCAAAGAGAUCAUCGAACGAGCUACCUCGAAGGAGGACUGGCCCCAGGUGAUGAUAUUUCCCGAAGGCACCUGCACCAAUCGCUCCUGCCUCAUAACGUUCAAAUCCGGCGCCUUUUACCCGGGCGUGCCCGUUCAGCCCGUCUGCAUCAAGUACCCCAACAAAUUGGACACCGUCACUUGGACCUGGGAAGGACCCGGAGCCUUGAAAAUAUUGUGGUUGACCUUGACUCAGUGGAACAGCAUGUGCGAGAUCGAAUUCUUACCGGUCUACAAACCGAGCGAGGCUGAAAAAUUGGACCCCAAGCUUUACGCCAACAACGUCCGACGUCUUAUGGCCAAAACGUUGGGUGUACCGGUGUCGGAUUACACUUACGACGACUGCAAAGUCAUCAGCAAAGCUCAGCAUUUACAUAUUCCGCACGCUUCGACCAUCGUCGAACUGUACAAGCUUCGCUCUAAACUCGGUUUGUUGAAAGAAAACACGGAGGAAGAACUGGUCAUUAAGAAGUGUCAACGAUUCCCCGAGUUGGUCGAUUACCCCAAAUUCGUGAGAUUGCUCAAACUCGACGAAAACAACACGGCUGCACAACAUUUGUUCAAAAUCAACGAUAAGCACAAUCGAGGCAUGAUCGAUUUCGAGGAGUACGUUUUCAUCGUCAUGGCCAUUGCGAACGCCAACGACGAGCUCGACAUGGUUCGAGUUGCAUUCGAGGUUUGCAGUUCCGAUCCGACGUACCACUUGAACGCUCAAGAGUUGCGCAAAGCGUUGCACAUGUCGCUUUCUCUCAACGCGGACGAUUCCGAUAGGAUAUUCCAACAGAUACAGAGAGACCAAAAUUGCACAACCGUUAAUCAUGAUCAAGUACUGGCGGUGAUGAGCACGAGGCCAGAGUUCAGUCACUUGUUUCAUGAGAGCAACGAACUCAAACGCAAGAAAAAAUCCAUUUGAGAACGUCUAUUUGCAAAAUCACAAAGUCCUCCAGAAGACGAGGGAGACUCGCAUAAGAAACCCCUCGUGCGCGACAUGUCCUCGGGAUUCUGUCAGCUCGUUUAGUGCAAGGCUUUUAAAUAUAUUAAAUAUAUUCAACUAUCCAUCAGUUAAACGCGAAGCCCUGCUGUCGUAGCUCGAAUUAUCAACAGAAAGAGUGAGGGAGAGAGAGAAUAAGUGAGAGUCAAUUUUUGCCUAGAAAUAGAUAAAUAUUAUUCGAGCAAUCGUAUGGUAAGCAUUCGGCGAUGGUAUAUUAUAAUCUUUGUAGUAUUAUCACGACGUAGUCGAGAAUUGUCGUCCUACUCGCGAACGAAUUUCCUCCACUGCGUAAAAAAAUGUUGCCUUCGACUUGACUCUUUUUACAUUCUGGAUGAAAGCAAUAAAUGGGAGGAGGAUCCAGUUCGUUGGGAAAUUUCAACAAAAUCACAGUCAUGUAAAUAGAUAGGAAACCAAGUGAAUAUUUCUCGCAUUAUUCAAUAGUUGUUAUUAUGUAUAUGAAUUACUUUAUAGGUGUUAAUUUCGAGGACUUACUUCUUUGCUUUCCAACGAAAUGUACGUGCAAUAUAAUGUCUUGUAAAUAGGUGACAUCCAUUUCUUUGAUACAUAAAUGUUAUUAUCUUUUUACACCGUAGAUAGAGGCUAAGUUGUAUAUAUCAAUAAUUUUGUUAUAAAAGUUUACUUACUCCCUCUACCAUUACGGGUCUUAUGAUUUUUAAAACUCUAUGCAACGGCAAUAAGAAUAGUGUUACAUUUUUCAGAAACGAUUUCCAUUACAUUCGUUACAAGUAAACUAGUUGCGACCGCUGUUAAACUGUACCAGGACUUUUUUAUACUAAAAAAAAUACGCGCUGUGUAUUUUUUAUACAAUAAAAAGUCAAAUGAAAUGUGAAACAAGAAAAUUAUACAGAGCGACCUAACAUAUUUAGAAGAACAAAAAUUAAUCUCUAUCGAAUAAUAAUCUAUAUUAAACAUAAUAAAAUAUUAUUGCUGUUUUUCUGUGAAAGAAGACAAAUUGACAACGGCUUAAUAUGACGAAAGAAAAAUAGAAAAAUGUUUUUUUUACUUAAGCAGACGAGCACUAAAGGUGUUAUCGCACAUUUUAUAUCCAUUUAUGAAUCAUAUUUAGUUUUCUAGCUAAUUUGUUCAGAAAAAAAUCGAAAUGUUGGCAGUUAUUCGUUUUUUUCUAUCGUUUCUUUGAAAGCGUGAAUGUGAAAUAAAUAUGUUACGAUGGUCGGUGUUAUACGUUAUGUUGUUAAAGUUAUUAUUAUUGCAAGAUAUGAAAAUAUUUAAAUUAUUAAUUUAUAUUAUCAAUAAUUUAUCGUACUUUAUAUAGAGAAUUUGUUGUCUAGAUAAAUAUAUGAACGUGAAGUGAAAUGCGUAAGAGCUUGCUCAUGUGCGUGAACAUUGUACAUGUAAAUAAUACAAAUAAAAUAUUCUUACUAAGAAAAUUAUUAUUAAGAA